ACUCAACAAGGUCUGCAAACACGCAGGCCAAGGAAUUAAAAACACUUGAUCGUGAUAAAACUAUAGGAUAUUUUAAACGGUGUUUAGAAUUUCUUCCAAAACAAUACGAGAGUAAUGACACUCACAGAAUGACUUUGGCUUUUUAUUCUUUAUCAGGAUUAGACCUUUUAGGCGUUCUUGAAACUGAAUUUACACAAGAACGAAUAAAUAAUUGGAUUGAUUGGAUAUAUGCACAACAAAUUCUGCCUGACGAAAAUGAUCCUGAGCUCAAUGAAAGGAUUUGUGGUUUCAGAGGUUCUCCAUUUUCAGGCCUACCAUAUAACCCAAACGGAUGUCGCGCAUCACGAUUACCGUUCGAUGCAUCAAACCUUGCAAUGACUUAUACCGCCCUGGCUUCUUUACUCAUAUUAGGAGAUGAUUUGUCACGUGUAGAUAAAUCCGCCAUAGUUAAUGCAAUGAGAUAUCUGCAAAAGGAAGAUGGAAGCUUUACUCAAACAUAUCAAGGCAUGGAAUCUGACAUGCGGUUCGUGUAUUGUGCGUGUGCCAUAUCAUAUAUAUUGAACGAUUUCAGUGGGAUUAAUAUAGACAAGGUUGUUCAAUAUAUAAAAGAAAGCCAGUCAUACGAUUAUGGUAUUGGUCAAGGGCCUGGUGAAGAAUCACAUGGAGGAUCGGUAUAUUGUGCUAUCGCUUCACUUUACCUUCUAAACAAGCUUGAUGAAGGGCUUUUAUCAAAAGAUAAAACAAUAUUCUGGCUUGUAUCACGCCAAGAAAGUGGAUUUCAAGGACGGGCAAAUAAACCACCUGAUACAUGUUAUUCAUUUUGGAUUGGUGCAUCGUUAAUGAUAUUAGAUUCUUUUGAAUUUAUUGAUUAUGAACAGAAUUAUAAUUUUUUAAUGGAAACUAGAACUUCACUUGGUGGAUUCUCAAAAUGCCCUGGAUAUUAUCCCGACGUAAUGCACACAUAUAUGGGAGUAGCUGGAUUAUUGCUUAUGGAAGAAUCAAAGAAGUUAGAUCCGGCAUUGAAUAUAUCAUUGAAAGCAAAGAAAAUUUUAUUAAAUAAAAGUGUAUUUAAAAGAGGAUGA